AUGUCCCGCGGGGCCCUGCGAGGCCCCGCCGUCACGCUGUGGGCGUGGAUGGUGCUGCUGCGAGCCCCGGCCGGCGUCUCGGGAGACGGCUCGGAGGUCUGGUCCAGCCACCCGCGUGCGAGCCCGGUGAACGCGACCCAGCUGUUCCUCUAUGACACGUUCCCCACCAACUUCUCCUGGGGCGUGGGCACCGCGGCGGUGCAGGUGGAAGGGAGCCGGGCGGAGGAUGGGAAGGGACCGUCCAUCUGGGAUGGCUUCCUGCGCGCACCCCGGCCCGGCGUCCCCGGCGGCGGCGCCCCGCCGUCCAGCGACAGUUACCUGUUUCUGGAGAAAGACUUGUGGGCGCUGGAGUUCCUCGGAGUGUCUCUGUAUCAGUUUUCCAUUUCCUGGCCCAGGCUCUUCCCCGAUGGGACGGUCGCCGCCGUCAACGUGAAAGGUCUCCGGUACUACGAGCGGCUGCUGGAUUCUCUCCGGCUCCGGCGCGUGGAGCCCGUGGUGACUCUGUACCACUGGGACCUGCCCCUGCCCCUGCAGGAACGGUACGGGGGCUGGAAGAACGGCAGCAUGGUGGACUUCUUCAACGACUACGCCACAUACUGUUUCCAGACCUUCGGGGACCGGGUCAAGUACUGGAUCACAAUUCACAACCCGUACCUGGUGGCGUGGCAUGGCUACGGCACGGGGCUCCACGCUCCCGGAGAGAAGGGGGAUCGAGCAGCCGUCUACGCGGUGGGUCACAACCUCAUCAAGGCUCAUUCAAAAGUUUGGCAUAACUACAACAGAAACUUCCGCCCACAUCAGAAGGGCUGGUUAUCGAUCACAUUGGGGUCCCACUGGAUUGAGCCAAACAGAUGGGAAAAUCAGAUGGAUAUACUCAGGUGCCAGCAAUCCAUGGCUUCCGUGCUUGGCUGGUUUGCUAGCCCCAUCCAUGGCAACGGCGACUACCCCGAGGACAUAAAGAAGUGGCUGUCUAUUCUACCUCUUUUCUCAGACACAGAGAAAAAGGAGGUGAAGGGCACCGCUGACUUUUUUGCCUUUUCCUUUGGACCCAAUAAUUUCAAGCCUCAGAACACCAUGGACAAAAUGGGGCAAAAUGUGUCACUCAAUUUGAGACAAGUGCUGAACUGGAUUAAGUUAGAAUACAACAACCCUCGGAUCUUGAUUACUGAGAAUGGCUGGUUCACAGAUAGCUACAUAAAGACGGAAGACACCACAGCCAUCUACAUGAUGAAGAAUUUCCUCAACCAAGUUCUCCAAGCGAUAAGGUUCGAUGAAGUACGAGUGUUUGGCUAUACUGCCUGGGCUCUCCUGGAUGGCUUUGAGUGGCAGGAUGCCUACACCACCCGCCGUGGAUUAUUUUAUGUGGAUUUUAAUAGUGAAGAGAAAGAAAGAAAGCCCAAGUCGUCAGCACAUUACUAUAAACAGAUUAUACAAGAAAAUGGUUUUACUUUAAAUGACUCCACGCCUGAUAUACAGGGUCAGUUUCCCUGCGACUUCUCCUGGGGGGUCACUGAAUCUGUUCUGAAGCCCGAGUUCAUGGCCUCCUCCCCACAAUUUACCGACCCGCACCUGUACGUGUGGAAUGCCACCGGAAACAGAUUGUUGCACCGCGUGGAAGGCAUAAAGUUGAAAACACGGCCGGCCCAGUGCACAGACUUUGUGAGCAUCAAAAAACAACUGGAGAUGUUGGCCAGAAUGAAAGUCACGCACUACCGAUUUGCUCUUGACUGGCCCUCCAUCCUCCCCACGGGCAACCUGUCUGUCAUUAACCGACAAGUGCUCAGGUACUACAGGUGUGUGGUCAGCGAGGGGCUGAAGCUCAGCAUCUCCCCCAUGGUCACCUUGUAUUACCCCACCCAUGCCCACCUGGGCCUCCCAGGGCCUCUCCAGCGCCGAGGCGGGUGGCUGAGCCCCUCCACCGCCCAGGCCUUUCAGGACUACGCGGGGCUGUGCUUCCAGGAGCUGGGGGACCUGGUGAAACUCUGGAUCACCAUCAAUGAGCCGAACCGGCUGAGCGACAUCUACAACCGCACCAGUAAUGACACCUACCGGGCGGCGCACCACCUGCUGAUGGCCCACGCGGGGGUCUGGCACCUGUACGACCAGCGCUACAGGCCGGCGCAGCGCGGGUUGGUGUCCCUGUCGCUGCACGCGGACUGGGCGGAGCCCGCCAACCCCUACGUGGACUCGCACCGCCAGGCGGCCGAGCGCUUCCUCCAGUUCGAGAUCGCCUGGUUCGCAGAUCCCCUGUUCAAAACCGGGGAUUACCCGGCGGCCAUGCGGGAGUACAUCGCCGCCAAGGCGCGGCGCGGGCUGUCCAGCUCGGAGCUGCCCGUCCUGAGCGCGGCCGAGCGCAGGCUGGUGCGGGGCGCCGCCGACUUCUGCGCGCUGAACCACUUCACCACCCGCCUGGUGCUGCACGAGCCGCAGCGGGGCGGCGGCCGCGCCCACGCCGACCGCGACCUCCAGUUCCUGCAGGACAUCACGCGGCCCAGCUCCCCCGCGCGCCUGGCCGUGGAGCCCCGCGGCGCGCGCCGGCUGCUGCGCUGGGUCCGCCGCCGCUACGGAGACCUGGACGUCCACAUCACCGCCAGCGGCAUCGACGACCCGGCGCCCCACGACGACCGGCUCCGGAAGUACUACCUGCAGACCUACCUGCAGGAGGCGCUCAAAGCAUACCUGAUCGAUAAGGUCAAAAUCAAAGGGUACUAUGCAUUUAAACUGACUGAAGAAAAAUCUAAACCCAGAUAUGGAUUCUUCACAUCUGAUUUCAAGGCUAAAUCCUCCACAGAGUUUUACAGCAAGCUGAUCAGCAGCAACGGCUUCCCUUCCCAGAACAGUGGAACUAGAUGUAGACAGACUCAGAGCAGCACAGAGUGCACUGUCUGCUCCCUUCUCCUGCAGAAGAAACCACUGAUAUUUUUCAGUUGCUGCUGUUUCUUCACCCUGGUUCUGCUAUUAUCACUCACUGUCUUUCAUCGGCGAAAGAGAAGAAAAUUUUGCAAAGCAAAAAACUUGCAGCACAUACCACUAAAGAAAGGCCACAACAGAGUUCUUAACUAA